GGCUGUGCCGCCAGCCAUGGCCACCGCGCCUCCCCCACCGUGGCUGCCCCCACCCCGCCCCCUCACGCCCCACCAGCGACCAGCGCUGCAAACCAACCCCCACCGGUGCUGCCGAUGGCGGCGAGAAGUAACGGAGAGCCGCGGCGGCCGACGUUGAGGCGUUGCAACCACGGCGACAAGUGAUGGAGAUCCAUCAUUUUCUUUUCUUGGAAGCAGCCCCAAUUUUUGCUGCAGACGCCCUUGAUUUUUGCUGGAACCAGUACAUGACGCUGCAAGUUGACAAUGGCGGCGAGCCGGAGACGGGGACGCCAGGGAUGCUCCAACCAUGAUGACAGCGCGCUGGAAUCCUCCUGUGUUUGAGUUGCAACCAUGACGAGCAGAGGCAGCCAAGGCAAGUGUCGGAGACGACCGUCAGGCAAGCGGCAGGCGAGCGCGGGUGACGGGCGUGGUGGCGCGGUGGAAAGCAAGCACGGGAAGACGAGGACUAUCGCGAGCGGCCGGCGAGCACACAGAUCUGGCAUGCGCGCUCGCUGUCCUUUUUUUUGUGUUUCCUGUGCGUGUUUUUUUUUCUGCAUGUUUGACUUUUAAAACAAAGCAAUCAGACGGUGGGGAACGGAUGUAUCGGGCGGCUGGGGCUUGACCGGACGAACAGUUCGGCCGGUGCGCCGGCGCCUAUAAGCGCCCUUAUCUUUAAGCAACCAAUUUGGAGUUUUGGACACUUCAGAAAUGGUAUCGAUUAAUCAGUCUUAUAUAAUUAAACUGCAGCAUCGAUCGAAGAUGAAGGAAGCUGCGAGCUCAAAUUAUCACGCGCGGAAACAAAAUCGAACCCCUUUUUGUGUAGGGGAAGAAACCUAGCUAAUUUGCAAGGAAAAAAAAUGCUGCUUGCUCAAGCGCAAAGGCGAAGAACUGGGGCGAGGACGAGCAAGCGGCACAUACCUACUACGUGCACCGUCGCCCACGGGAAGAGCCCGUCUCGCUGGCGGCGCGGACGGAGAGAGCGGGAAGCAACCGGUGGCGAUGCCGACGGCGACGGCGGUCUCGAGUCCACCGGCCGCCGCACGGCACGAGCAGAAAAGGAAGGAGAGAGAGACCAUCCGCCUCUCCGAGUUCCUACCCGCUCGUACUGGGCUCAUUUUAGGUUGGGCUUGGUGGGCUCUUGGGCUGGUGUUGGGCCUUACAGGCGGGCCAGGCUAGAGGCCUGGUAUUGCGGUCCGGCCUGCGACGGCCAGCCCUGAUGGAAAAGGCCGCCCUCUGGCCGUCGGAGGCGCCACUGGCUCGCCGGCAGGAAAAGAGGCAACAUCUCCAACUCCGUGACGGCGACGGCGAGGGUAGGAGGAGGAGAUGAAGCUGAAGCAGCUGGAGGGCCUGCUGGGGGGCCUGACCCAGUUCUCCGACCCCAAGGUGGAGCUGGAGCAGUACGCGACGGGCCCCCACAUCGCGUCGAGGAUGCUCUACACGGCCGAGAACAGCUUCGACGACAUAGCUGGUAAAGUGGUGGCGGAUUUUGGGUGCGGCUGUGGUACCCUGGCCGUCGCGAGUGCUCUGCUGGAUGCUGAGCAUGUCACUGGUAUUGAUAUUGACCUCCAGUCCCUUGAACUUGCUCAAGAAAAUGCUACUGAUCUAGAGCUGGAUAUCGACUUAAUUCAGUGUGACAUAAAGAACUUAAAUUUAAAAGGCCUUCUUGUUGAUACUGUUGUCAUGAAUCCUCCCUUUGGGACAAAAAGAAAAGGAGCCGACAUGGAAUUCCUUUCUAUGGGCUUGAAGGUUGCAUCUCAAGCUGUCUAUUCUCUACACAAGACUUCCACACGAGAAUACAUCAAGAAGGCAGCCCUGCGUAAUUGCAACGCAGUCAGUGCUGAAGUUCUGUGUGAGCUGCGCUAUGAUCUACCUCGGACCUACAGGUUCCACAAGCAAAAGGAGCUCGAUAUUGCAGUCGAUCUGUGGCGCUUCGUCCCACAAGCUCGAGACGAAAGGGCAAGCUAGCAGCCUAGCAUGACGCGGCAAUGUGACGAGGCCGUGACAUCACGCUUGUUGAACCACCACAGCGUGAUGGCUGGACUUGCUAGAAGAAGAAAACCCCAGUAGAUCAGCAGCCAUACCCACCCUGGGCAGUGAUAGGGCUUUCCGGCACAUUGGCAGGCAGGAUUGGUGCUCUCUCUGUACCAGCACUUGUUCAGUUUUUUCUUGUUCUAUACUCCUACUAUCAGAGAAAAACAGCGUCUGGGAACAAAAUUCAGCGUUAAAUCGGCGAGCAUCGUCUCUGCGCCCAGUUACUCUCUACAAAGUGGAAAUUUUUGCUGCGAGUAAUUCACAGCGUACACUCAUCUGUUUUUUUUCCUUUUGUAGAACACACGACAUUGUUUUGCUAAACAUUUUAGUCUUUGUGGGUC